AUGUGUUGUACUAUUCCAGUCCUUUUCACACUUGUCUAUCAGAAGGGAUCUAUUAAGCUUUUGACAAUGGAGAUCACAAUCAAUCAAAUUGCAAAGGGGGACAGGGCUGAAGCUCAGGCCUGCAAACCAAGUGGCCAUAUUACAGGAAAAAAACCACCUCCUGGACAAUGCAACAAGGAGAAUGACUCUGACUGCUGCGUUCAAGGCAAGCCCUACACCACCUACAAAUGUUCACCUCCUGUGACUGGCAAUACUAAGGCAGUUCUCACCAUAAAUAGUUUCCAAAAGGGUGGAGAUGGGGGUGGGCCAUCAGAAUGCGACAACCAGUACCACUCUGAUGACACCCCAGUCGUGGCACUAUCAACCGGCUGGUACAGUGGAGGAAGCCGAUGCCUCAACAACAUUAAAAUAAGUGCUAAUGGGAGGACUGUGACUGCUAUGGUUGUUGAUGAGUGUGACUCUACUAUGGGAUGUGAUGAAGACCAUGAUUAUCAGCCUCCAUGCCCUAACAACAUCGUUGAUGCCUCGAAAGCUGUUUGGAAAGCCUUAGGUGUGCCUGAGGAUAACUGGGGCGAUGUUUUACAGGCUGAAGCUCAGGCAUGCAAACCAAGUGGCCAUAUUACAGGAAAAAAACCACCCCCUGGACAAUGCAACAAGGAGAAUGACUCUGACUGCUGUGUUCAAGGCAAGCCCUACACCACCUACAAAUGUUCACCUCCUGUGACUGGCAAUACUAAGGCAGUUCUCACCAUAAAUAGUUUCCAAAAGGGUGGAGAUGGGGGCGGGCCAUCAGAAUGCGACAACCAGUACCACUCUGAUGACACCCCAGUUGUGGCACUAUCAACCGGAUGGUACAGUGGAGGAAGCAGAUGCCACAACAACAUUAAAAUAAGUGGUAAUGGUAGGACUGUGACUGCUAUGGUGGUUGAUGAGUGUGACUCUACUAUGGGAUGUGAUGAAGACCAUGACUAUCAGCCUCCAUGCCCUAACAACAUCGUUGAUGCCUCGAAAGCUGUGUGGAAAGCCUUAGGUGUGCCUGAGGAUAACUGGGGCAGUUUGGAUAUCACAUGGACCGAUGCUUAG